AUGGUGUCACCGGACAACGUGUCGCUAACUACAACGAUAAUGCAGUCAGACGUCGAGUUGGACGGUGACGAGCCACAAGUCUUGCAAGUCGUGGCAGCGCCACCCGUACGCAGUGGUGGAGGCGAUGACGAGACCCUCUGCUCAAGCGACUGUGUCAACGCCUCGAAGCCGGAGCGGUGGGUCGAAAUUACGGAGCGUCUGGGCUCAGCGCUGAGCAAGGAGCUGUCUGCUGGCGGUGUACGCAAGCACGUUGACAAGUUGAAAAAAAAGAGUACCGAUCGAAGCGCGCAAAGGAGCGAGCCAUGUCAGACUACACCUAUGUAUACCGCAGGCCAAGAACCACAUAAGUCUGUCGACGAAAACGAGCUGGAGCGCUUGGUGGAGGUUUACGUUCAGAAGAAGGACGAUGGAACCUUGGUACAAAGCAAACGCACCGAAUCCAUGACCAAAAAGGUUGCCAUGACAGGUCCUGUGAGAUUCGUCAGUGUCGAUUUUGAGGUUAACAAUCAGAUGGACUCGAUCGUUCCAGAGACGCAGCCGUCGCAAGAUGAGGAUGAGGACAUGACCGAGCACGUUGGGGAGGAAGUGCAGACGGUGACGCAGAACCCAAUCGCACAUCUAGAGCCAAAUGAGACGGAGGCCGAUGUGAACCGAGAAGCCUCAGAGCAAUCGAACGCAUAUCCCGUCGAAAGGGAAGGGGUACAAGAGCCACAACGUGAUGAGGUUGCAGAUUCAGAGCUGGGGGCCCAGGAGGGGGCCGCAGACACCCUGCCCAUCCUAGAAGAAGUGAGCACGGUUGAGCCUGAAGAGAUGUUUAGUGCGAUGACCAUGGAACAUUUGCAACCUGAAAAAAAGCAUCGUGGCAGUGACCCAAGACUUGCUAAACACCCGCUGGAUAUUCAAGAACAUUAUGUACAGCAGGAUUAUCAAGGCCCGGUGGGCACGGACCCCCCCACUCAAUCAGUGGGCGGAAAAGAUGCAGCCAAAGCUCGACUUAAUGUGCACGAGUUGCAACACAUGCUCAAUCUAGCCAAGACGAUAGCGUACAAUGAUAUCAAGAGAAGCAUUCACAUCUUCUUUUUCGACCGACCAUUAGCCGCCAAGUUCCAAGGUAUGCAGGUUCUAUUCAGAGGCAUCAUGUAUUCCUUAACGAGCAUGCACCGACCGGAUACGGGAUCAGUCUGGGAUCGUCAAAUGAACAGUGAUGGGGUUCACAGAACAGCACAGAGGGAAUACGAAGUGGAGAUCCACAACUUGACCAGGUUCACGGAUAUUGGCCGGCUCACAGCAUUCCUGACCAAGCACCUAGCCGUGGCCUUUGAGUUGGUGAAUAUGGACUCGUUCACGCCAAAUUCAAUGCGGACUACAGCAUGGACGAUGCGGAUUAAAUCAGCGGAAUGCCCGGAAUAUCUUCGGGGAAUCGUGCGAAUUAUAUUUUUUGGCAGAACUCUUAUAUUGAAGCAUCCCCUGGCCAAAUCGUUUGCCAAUAGAGAAGAUAUGAAGCAAAGCAUACAAGAACGAUUAAAGGUCAAGGUGGAGGUAUAUCGCCAGGAAGAAACAGUCCUUACACCAGUAGCUCCGCCCAAACUGGAAGUACGUCACACACAGCAGGAGGGAGGGCCAGUAGCUUGGGGCUCUCCCCCAGAAACUCCAGUGACAAACCUCUCAGGCGCAAGUGCAACAGCGGAACGCCAUUUGGGGAACCACUGGAUACAAGUGACUUUGGCGAAGGGCAGUACGCUCUACGCACAUCCAGCCACGUUACAGCGCAAGGGGGUGAAAGUCUCAACACACUACUCGGAACUGUAUGAUGCAGAUGACGAGGAGCCCGAACCGGAGAGUAAGUCGGAGAAAAAUUCACCGGUCCAGGACGUGGUCGAGCUUUCAUCCGGUAGUGAUCAAGAAACAAAACGGAAACCAGCCAUCACAGCAGCGGAAAAUACCAAACUGCACCUCGUGAAGACUAAGCUACCGAAGUUGCCGGACACAUCGCAACUCAUUGCUUUAAAACAGCGUCAGCAUGCUGUGAUUGCAAGUAUCAUUCAAGCCUUAGGGGACUGUCACGUGCAUUCAUGGCCGGUAUCAGAUCAAUCCUUGAAGGAUGUCACGACGCUCGAACAGAUGGAGAAGCAAUUGUUAAUAUGGGGAGAGGAUGGGACGGGAGGACCCAUGGGAUCCGACGACCUGGGCGGGGACGUCGAUGAACUCCGCCGCAGACUAAUGGGGCUAUCGAUCCCGCAUGACUUGAAAUUUCAAGCGAACCUAUCCAACGAGCAUGAUUCCGCCACCAGACAGCUCCUCCAGAAGUACCAAAUCUCCAGAGUAGUGCUGCAACAAUGGAAGUCAACGGUGCAGCCAGCUCAUAAGGACGACGCUAUGCGAGAUCGUAUAGGAGAUGGAGAAGUGGAGGACGAAGCGUCGUCUGCUUAUGCGCCGUCCUCGGAGGGCAGCUAG